AUGCUAAAACUUAUAAAUCCAAAGAUUCAAAGAGUCAAUCCAAGAUUGGUUCAAUACCAAUCAAAAAGAACACUUAUAUCAUUUGUUAGAAAUGCUCUAGGGAUGGAUCCACCUCCAUCUCCAGAUGAACCAAGUGUGGAGAAUAGAUUCCAUCCAUGGGAUUCUUCACCAUCUCAAGAUUUAAGACAUAGAGCUGCCACUAUAAGAGCUUUAGCUAAAUGUCCAGUGACAAAAAAAGAAAUUAAUUAUACAUGUCCUUAUAGUGGUAUACCAACUCAUCAUUCAAAAGAAGCUUGGGAACAAGAUGAAGAAUAUCAUCGUACAAAAAAAUAUGAAAUUUUGAAAAAAGUUAAUAUAUAUGAACAUGAUUUAAGAUCUGGUCGUGAAUUCCCAGAAUUUGAUUUCCCUGCUGGUCAAGAAUUUGAUUCUCAAGUUAAUUUAUCAAAUUGGGAUUUAUUUUUCUAUACAAGAAAUUUUUAUUCAAUGGAUACUGAAUUUCAAUUAGCUGCAGUUACCAAAAUGCUUUCAUAUCCAACAACUAUUGGUACAUUAUUACAUCAAUUUUCUCCAUAUCAAUUAAAUCCAAAAGGUCCAGUUACAUUAGAAGGUUUAAAAUCUUUAGCCGCGUUACGUUAUUCAUUAUAUCCAGAUUUAAGAACUUCAACAAUUAAAGAUCGUCCUCUAAGAUUAUUUAUUAUUGGAUCAAGAGCAGAAGGUCAAUUACCUGCACAUGUUUGGAAACAAUUAACAUUUUUAUUCCCAACAACUGAUUUUGAAUUACAUUUUAUUGGACCUGAAUCAUUUUAUGAUUCUGAAAAAAAACAAUUUAUUCAAAGUUCAAGACCAAUUGUUAGAAGAAUUGAUUCAAAUAUGAAAUUUAUUUAUCAUACUGAUUAUUUCCAUGUUUUCCAUGAAGCUCAAGAUUUUUUCCCUUAUGAUCCUUAUUUAGAUUCUUUUUUCCUUUUCCAUCCAGGUCUUGGUUAUCCAGAUGUUAAAGAUUUAUGGAAAAAAACAAUGCCAGGUCUUUUGGAUUCAAAAUGUCCAAUUUUCAUUACAGGUUAUCAUGAUAAGGAUUCUCAAACUGAUUGGAAUUGGUUAAUGGAAAAUUUUGAAGAUGAUUUAGAUGUUUUAAUGAAUAUUGAAGAAAAUUUAUUCUCUUCAACUAAAUGGGAAUUAAAUGAUAUUAAUCCUCAUGAAGUUUAUAGAUAUAACAAAAAUUUAUUUGCCAUUAGAGGUAAACGUUAUCAUGCUAUUUAUCAAUGA